AUGGUGACUGAUAUCGAGUCGGUUCUGUUUGAUGAGAUGACAUCUGUCAAUAGUCAAUUAAUUUCAUUGGCAAGCAAAGUUAAAUUGGUUGAUAAUCGUUACUUUGUGAACAACAGCGGUAUGAUCGAUGAAUUUAUUGAAAAUAUACACGAAUUUUUAAAACAAGUCGAUAUUCAUAGACGAAAGGUUUCGUCCGAACAAUUAAAUUCGGAUAACUUGUUUCAUAUUUACCAAUUUUUAGAUUUGAAAAACCUUGUUCAUUGCUGUCAAUUAGUUUGUAAAUCAUGGAAACAAACUCUAAAUCGAGUAAAUUUCACUGUAAAAGUUGACAAGUCAAAAACAAUGAUUGGUCAAUUGGUAAAGAGUUCACUAAUUACAAAUGUAACAUCAUUGAGAAUGCAACAUCCAACUUCUGACAUGUUUAAAUCACUUUCUAGUUGUAAAAAAUUGCAGAAUUUGAAAACUUUGGAUUUGAAUUACUCACGGUUGGGGAAAACAGCUGUUAAAUAUUUGGCGAAAUGUCAAAUGCCAAAUUUAACAGAACUCAAGUUGAAUAAUGCUAGUAAUUUUACAGAAAUUGAGGCAAAGGAACUGUUUCAUAGCAGUUCAUUACUGUCAAAUAUCAAGAAAUUGGAGAUUCAACAUGAAAUGUCAAAAGAAUUUAUUGAAAUUCUUUCAAAUUCAAAAUAUUUAAAGAAUCUUUCACAUUUAAAUUUGAAAUCACUCAAAAUGGAAACUGGAAAUUAUGGACUUGAUUUGUGUUUGAAAGAUAAGAAUGAUUUGGAACGUUUGGAAAUUAGACGUUUCAAUCUGACAAAUUAUCCAAAAUUACUGACAGAUGGCAGCUUUAUGAAUCUUACUUUCCUAGAUAUUGCUCACUGCUCUAUUUCUAAUAGGGAAUUAGGUGAUUUGUUAGUUUCUCCAAAUUUGCCUAAACUUGCCACUCUUCAUGCAAGCUGUUCAAGCACAGACAAUUCAAUUAUUGAACUACCUACAGAUAUUCACACGAGAUCAUCACUCACAGAUUUGAAUUUUUCCAAUAUUGCAUCAUUUCCUUCAUUGGCCAAUUAUUGCACAAAUCUUUUAAAACUAACAAUCAUAAUACCUUCAAUAGAGAAGAAAUCAAGCAAUGCCUUAAUUGACCUAAUAAGUUCACCAAAUUUAUCCAAUUUGAAACGAUUAGACAUUUCAUGCUGGGAUGAGAUAUUUGAAAUACUAUUCACAAGUCCAAAUUUUACUAAAUUGGAGGAAUUACAUUCUUAUCCAACUGACUUUAGGAAUACUGAAGAACUAUUGACUACAGAACUUAUUUUGAAUUGUAAAACUCUAAUCAAUUUGAGAUUGUUUCAAUGGUAUGGAAUGCGACAAGUUACCUCUGAAGAAGGUGAAGAAGCUUUCUUUAAAAAUCCCACAUUUUCCAAGUUGAAUUUUGAUUAUCAAGAAUUUAACUAG